AUGCAUUGCGUAUGGUAUAUUUUGCAUAUCCACUCUUAUCACCUGCGUGUGUCAAUCAAUCUGAACGUGUGCGCAUCGAGCGACACGAGAGAGCGAUGUCAUUGGUCGAGAUGGCCAGUGAGGGGUGGGACAUCAGAGAAUGCCCUCCCCGGGUUGGAAAAGAGAGCGUGCAAGUGUAAAAGCGUGAGCAAGUGUAAAAGCGACUCUUCCAAGUUCCAAAGUUGGAUGGAUCCAAUUAAUUUGACGGAUAGAGAUUGAUACACAAUUGCCAUUAAGAAAAGCGACGCGUUUAGAGGUGCUGGACAUAGCCACUAGGGGGCAAUGUCUGACAGCAGUGGUGCUGCCAACAGCAAUAGCUGGACUGUCCUUACAGCUGAGGAGACUGUUGCUGAGACGCUGAGGCCUGUAGAGGAGGGAACGGAGCAUCAUGAAGAUACACCAAGUCAUACUGCUACAGAGAAACCUACAGAGAGUAGGCCUGGGGAGGAUGCAGUGUCUGCUGAAGAGUCUCACUCUGUGGAGCCACAGCAGGUGACCCAGGAAACACAACCAGAGAGAGGCAAGGAUCACACCCCUGUUGUAGAGAGUCACACCCAUGAGCCUACCCAUGACCUUCCCUCUGACCCUGCCCUUGACUCCACCUCUGCUAGUGUUGCUCCUCCGAGCUCUCCGUUAGAAGUCCCUGCCCCCACAGGCCCUGACCCAGAUACACACAGCCAAUCCAGAAGCCUGCCUGGGAGCCCGGCCCCUCCCAUCUCUGACCCUGAUUCGUUCUCUGACUCCUACACCCACAUUAGCUCCUCCCCUGACCUUGAAGAACACCCUGCCUUGCUGCUCAACACUGAGCCACCGGAAGAGGGGUAUAUACAGGAUGUGCAUCAUCAUUAUGAGGAGGGGCUUGGGCAGUCUGAUCUGUCGGAGGUCGGGGUCAAGACAGACUCCCAUCUGGAAGCAGAGGUGUUGGGGGAGGAGAAGGGUGAGGAGGAAGGGGUAUCAGGGGUGAGGAGGAGGAGGGGGUCUCUCCUGGCAGCUCUGGAGCGGAUCGGGAGGAAAGAGGAGGAGGAAGAGGAGGAGGAUGAAUUCCGUAUUCCGCAGAAGAGGGAGGAAGAGGAGACUGGUUUCUCUCUGAACAAGUGCAUCCUGGGAGCUGUCAUCCUGCUGGGCCUCGGAACCAUCUUCUUCUCAGGUGUCUUCAUGGACCUGGACGAUGAGGGGGACUAUGACACCAGGGAGCUGAGAGAAACCGAGGUGGUGGGAAAGGAAUGGCUGAAUCCCGAGGUUCCUCUUCCACCACCUGUAGAUGUUGACAGUAUAGACCAUCUGAAUAAACUGGCUAAAGAAGACCCACAGAUAGCUGUACUGCAAGCCCAACUCCUGGCACAGAAAGAGGAGCUAAAAGUAGCCCAGAAGCAGGCGGAGGAUGGAGGGAGGGAGCGAAAGAAGAGGGAGGAGGUGGAGAAGGAGCACGGUAGGCUGAAGAAAGAGAUGACGUCGCUCCCUGUCCUUCAGAAGGAGAAUGAGAGGAUGAAGAGAGAGCUGGAGUCUGUUCCUGUCUUACAGAAAGAACUAGAGACACUCAGAGCCAAAGUGACUGAACUAAAACACAGCACAGACAAAGAAGCAGCUCCACCGCCUGUCUCUGCCUCUGUCCCGCCCCCCUCUGGCCAAGCUGGGGAUUACAGCCAGAACACAGCAGGAACGAUAGAGGGGGAGGGCAAGAAACCAGGGGAGGGAGAGAAAACAGAGAAGAAGAAGAAGAAGAAAGAGUGGAAGAAGAAAACUGAGCAGGGAAAAGAAUGGAAGGAGAAGGAAGAGAAGAAGGAUUGGAAUAAGGGAGGGAAGAAGGAUUGGAAGGUAGAAAAAGAGUGGAAAAAGGGAAAAUAUGACCAGGAGAAAGAAGGUGAAGAAUGGAAGGGAAAAGAUGAUAAGAAAGAGUGGAAGAAGAAAGAAGACAAGAAGGGAGAAUGGAAGAAAGAUAAAUCAAGCAGAGGGGAUGAGGGCAAGCCAUGGAAGGCCAGGGAAGACAAGAUAGAAUGGAAGGAGAAGAGUGAGAAAAAAGACAGGAAGGAGGAGAAAGAUUGGAAAAAGGCAAAACCUGAAAGAUGGAGUGAUAGCAAGUGGAAAGGUGAGAAGGAGUGGAAAAAAGGCAAGGAUGAGUGGAAGGGAGAGAAGGAGUGGAAGGGAAAAGAGGAGAAACAUCUCAAAGGUUGGGAUGAGUGGAAGGGAGAGAAGAAUGGAAAAGAUGACAAAAAUCUAAGGAAUGGAGGAUGGAAUAAGGGCAGGGAUGAGUGGAAUGGAGAGAAGGAGUGGAAGAGAAAAGAGGAGAAACAUCUCAAAGGUUGGGAUGAGUGGAAGGGAGAGAAGAAUGGAAAAGAUGACAAAAAUCUAAGGAAUGGAGGAUGGAAUAAGGGCAGGGAUGAGUGGAAUGGAGAGAAGGAGUGGAAGAGAAAAGAGGAGAAGAAUCAAAUAAAAGGAGGAUGGAAUAAGGGCAAGGAUGAAUGGAAGGGAGACAAGGAUGACUAUAAGGACCGUGGCAAAGGAUGGAAGGAGAGAGGAGAGAAAAAGGAGUGGAAGGGAGAGAAAGAUUGGACAAAGAAAGACGGAAACAAAGACUGCAGUAAAGAGUGGAAGGGUAAGGACGACAGGAGAGAAAAUGAGUGGUCUGAUGGAAAGAAGAAGAAGAAGGAAGGAUGGAAGGAGGAGAGAAACGGUGGGAACUGGAACAAGGACAGAGGAGAUGACAAAUACAAGAAGGACCACCACUACUCUAAGGAAGGUCAGAAAGAGAAAGAGAGGGGAAAGAGAGAAAAGGGUCCUCCUCAAACCCACCGCAGAGCCCCCCUGGAGCAACCUGACUACUGGAGCCACCAGAGAGAAAGACUGCAGCACAAACCCAACCCUCAAACCCACUGCAGCUCAGUGGAGGCCUGCGCCCAGGCAGAGGGGCUGCUCCCUGUCACCAUGGCUGAGUUUGAAGCCCUGCUCCUGGGUUACCUGGCCAAGGCGGAGAGGGUGGGGGUGGAGACCUCCAAGAGGGAGGAGCUCAGUAAGCUAGCCAGGGAGUUCUUCAGGGACGGAGUGUUCGUUCACGACCAGAUGAGCUUCAAGGACUUUGUGGAGGAUGUGGAUGACAUCUUGGAGGAUAUGGUGGAGGGAGAGGAGGAUGAGGAGGUAGAGGAGGAGAUGGAUGACUUUGAGGAAGAGGCAAUGAACAGGUUUGCAGUUCCAGGGGGAGAAGAGAGGGAGAAAUGGAAGAAGGAGAGUGGGAGAGGACGGGCGUGAUGGAGUGAGAAAGGGAGUCAACGCAUGUCAGGAAGAGAGGGAAGACGGAGGUGGAGGAAAAGAGAUGGAUGUGCUGCAAGGUAGAUAGAAUGUAGGAGGGAGCAACACACACACACACACACACACACACACAGUCUUGUAUAACUAACCUUGUAUAACUAACCUUGUAUAACU